GGUCAUGUUGGAGGGUCUGCGAUAACUGUUUAGGGCUGACCCCUGGCACUCACUAUUAGUAACCCCUCUACAGUACAGUACCACCUUCUGUGACAGCUCCCGCCGCUCAACCAGCCUUGAAACGUCCUCAGGACUAUCCCCCAUUUCUUACUGGAUGACCGCUGACAAGUGCUCUCUUGCCAUUGGAUAGAUUCUCUGUCGCUCAACAGUAGGUUAGGUUGAGCGCUGGUCACCCCAGGCUCUGCAGGGAGAAGUGUGGACGGAGGAGCCGGGGCCCCGGGGACCGGGAGACAUAGGGGCCUCGGGAAGAUGGAAUAAACUGGGGGCCCUUUCACAGCCUUACACCCCUUCAUUCCCUCACAUAGCCUGUAGUGUCCAUUUCUGUGCAUGUUAUGAACGUGAGUGUGUCCAUUGUAUUUGUGUAGUGUGUACGGUUGUGCACUGUGUGUGACCAGCGUAGGGGCAUGGUGGGCAGAUUCUAGUUAUUUUAUUUGGUGAAGCGUUUGUGUGCUUUGUAUGGUGGGUGUAAUCCAGCGUCUCUGUAGUGUCUGCAUUCAGCUGUGCACAUUGGAUGUCAGGCAUAAAACGUGUGCUCACUGUCCCUCUCAUGAAGCCACGCUUAAGGCAUAUUUCCAUUGUGCACAGAAAAGGUAGUGUGAGUGACUGUACCGUGAUCUAUGUGUAUACUUUAUGCUAAGUACAGAUGUGACUGCAGUGUGUUUGUCUUUAAUUUGUGCAAAGUUUGUCUGUUUCUUCUGAAGGACACACUUUCUCCCCUUCCUUGAUAUGACCUUAUAGUAUACCCUUCCUUUGUUAUCCUUUUACCUGUUCUAUUGCUUUCUCCUGAUUGAUGGUGACCUGAAUACUUGCUCCCUGUUCCUGCCCCCCUGCUCUUCCACUCUGGAUACAUGAAGCGCUGCAAGUCAGACGAAUUGCACCCUGAGGAGGUGGGUGCACAAGAUGCUCCUUUGCCACCUACUGUUAUGGAAGUGCGAGGUUCAGACAGCCCAAUACCUGGGGAUCUGGGCUCUGCAGGAGCAGCUGUCAACCAGGCACCCCCUGUCAUCACCCGGAAUAAACCUCCUGACCUCAAGAAAAUCCAGCAGCUCUCUGAGGGAUCCAUGUUUGGACACGGACUGAAGCAUCUUUUCCACAGUCGUCGACGUUCGCGAGAACGAGAUCAUCAGACAACUUCAGAGCUCCCGGUUCCGUGGUCAGCCUCUGGUCCUCAAACUCCACAAACAACCACAGCUGCCCCCUUGUCCUCCUCAGACCACGACUCUGCAGAUGAAAAAGAGAGAUCUCCAGAAAUGCACCGAGUGUCUUACGCCGUCUCAUUGCAUGAUCUACCAGCACGUCCAACUGCCUUCAACCGUGUAUUGCAACAGAUACGCUCCCGUCCCUCUGUCAAAAGAGGCUCUGGCCAGCAUGGGGGCGGCCGCCGAAGCAAAAGCGGCCCCGGGGACACUGCUCAUCAUCACCAUCAUCAACAACUCCGUGGAGGAAGUCCUCACCUUCCCCGUCGCCCUCCCCCAAUGGAUGGUGGACUGGCUGCAGUGUUACACCAUCAUCAAGGCCGACCACGAUCUUCGUCCACCACUGAUGCUGCACUGUUAGCUGGAGGUGAUACUGCAGGAGCUGGAAGCUUUGCACAUGAGGACCAGGAUAAAGCAAUAGAUAAGGUGAUCCUGACCGCCGGGAUUCCGACAGCCGGCAAAUUAAACGGAUCCCAUUCCAAACUGCAAUUGGAUAAGGGGGACUUAAGUAGCCUAAGUCUCCCCCCCAGUACCCUUCAUGGCGGUUCAGAGGGGAACAUCAGCCUGGAAGUCCCCGAGGGGGCGCCAGAUCCACAGCGCACCAAGGCUGCAAUGGACCACCUACAUCAAAAGAUCCUCAAGAUCACAGAACAGAUCAAGAUUGAGCAGGAGGCCCGAGAUGAUAAUGUGGCAGAGUAUCUGAAACUGGCCAAUAACGCAGAUCGGCAGCAGGCCUCUCGCAUCAAACAGGUAUUUGAGAAGAAGAAUCAGAAGUCUGCACAGACCAUUGCUCAGCUGCACAAGAAGUUGGAACAUUACCACAAGAAACUGAAAGAAAUUGAGCAGAAUGGCAUAUCGCGACAGCCAAAGGAUGUCUUGAGGGACAUGCAGCAAGGACUGAAAGAUGUGGGAGCUAAUGUACGAGCAGGCAUUAGUGGCUUUGGUGGAGGAGUAGUUGAAGGUGUAAAGGGAGGACUUUCUGGCCUAUCUCAAGUCACCCACACAGCAGUGGUGUCAAAGCCCAGGGAAUUUGCCAGCCUUAUCCGCAACAAAUUUGGAAGUGCUGAUAACAUACCACAUCUGAAAGAUGGUAUGGAAGAGGAUGGUGAAGGCCAAGGGGGCUCAAGAGCACUGAGUGGCAGUGUCACUUUGGCACCGAGUCCCAAAUAUGGAAGUGAUGAUGAGUGCUCAAGUGCUACCUCUGGGUCAGCUGGGGCAGGAAGUAACUCUGGAGCUGGACCUGCAGGACCUGGUAGUCCAAGGUCUAACACUCUGGAUGGACAUCAUCAUGGCCAUCAUGGAGGUUUUGAUGCCAUCCUGGAGGAACUAUGUGAGAUAAAAGAUGGGCAGAGCCACCUUGAGGAUUCAAUGGAAGACUUGAAAUCACAGCUGCAGCGAGAUUAUAGCUACAUGACGCAGUGUCUUCAAGAGGAACGCUACAGGUAUGAACGACUGGAAGAGCAGCUUAAUGACCUGACAGAACUGCACCAGAAUGAGAUGACGUUGCUGAAGCAGGAGCUGGCCAGCAUGGAGGAGAAAGUUGCUUAUCAGUCGUAUGAGCGAGCUAGGGACAUUCAGGAAGCGGUGGAGUCUUGUCUCACCCGUAUCACUAAGCUCGAGUUGCAACAACAGCAACAACAGGUUGUGCAGCUGGAAGGGGUGGAAAAUGCCAAUGCUCGGGCUUUGCUAGGCAAGUUCAUCAACGUGCUGUUAGCCCUAAUGGCCGUUCUGCUAGUUUUUGUAUCUACUGCUGCCAGCUUCAUCACACCGCUGGUUAAAACACGAGUGCGCCUUUUGUCCUCCCUGCUCUUCCUGCUCUCACUGCUGACACUCUGGAGGCACUGGGAUUGUGUUACUUACUGUCUGGAACAUGUUCUCCUGCCCAGCUGAUUUCUUAUCCGUACAUUACUAACCUACAUCUAUGUCCCCUCUCUCCACUUCUGUGGAGGAUAACCUUGGCAGGAGAAACUGCCCAGCUCCACAUAUUUAUCUGGAUCUAUCCAUUUAUGCAUAUAUUGAUAUUCCUAUAUAGAGCUUUUUCUUAUUUAAAUGGGCAGCUAUUUGCCACUUAAGCACUUGACAUGAGGAGGGAAAGGAUGCAAGAGAAGGUGAUGGUUAUCUAUGAGUUGGUGCGGUGCAGAACAUGGCGUAACACUGAAAGUAUACGGCAGGACGUGUUUCUACAGCAUGUAAGGCAAAUGUGGUGCUUGUGUUACGACGUACAAGAAGUGACAGCUGUUGAGUGAGCAACUUUGGUACAAGAAUCUGCCUAUUAUUUCACGGGAGACUCUAAAAAGCUUGGGGAGAAGUGAUGAUCGCAGUGUAAUUGAGGUUGAACGCUUUGCAUGAUGGGAAGUCAACCCUUGCAAAGUUCUAAUAGUUUUGUAUGCAAUUCAUGGAUUAUGAGGAGCUGUAACACCUCUCCCUGUACCUACCCUCCUCUUGACUUUUAAUAUGAAAAGGUCUGUAUGGAUUUAUUUCUACAAUUGAAGAAUUGAUGUGCACAGAUGUUUAGCUGUGUGGGGAGUAGAAGGCGGUAAACGAAUCUCUAGAGUCAGUCUUUACCCUCUUCUCAUGUGUUGCUAUUUUUGCUAAGGUUCCAUAAUGAAAGUGGAGCCAGCAUUACAAACAUCAAUAGUACAUUGUUUACACAAAGAGAGGAGCUGAAGACACCAUUUGUUUCAAGGAUUAAUUUAUUCUAAAUGAAAUGCAAUAAUUAUGACAUGCUUUGGAGGUUAUACAUUAGUUUGUAUUGCACCAGUGGCCUCUCUGCAAGCACACAACAGCUGCCCUAUGAAUUAUGCUUUCUUACUGAUAUAGCAGCUUGGCCCAUAUGCCAUUAAGUACAGUAUUUAGGGAGAGGUUUAAAGAAUUGCAUUUUAGGUAUUUAUUUAUUCCCGACACACACACUUGCCUAUUAUAAGCUAAAACGCUCUGUAUAUUUAUUUAUUUAUUUAUUUGCAUAGGAUAAUAGAUAAAAGUGAACCUGUGUCCUAUACCCAGUGCACCUCAUUUACGAAGCGCACCAUAAAAUGCAGAUAGUCAGACCGUAGUCAUGCCAACUCUCUGCUCUUAACUAGAAGUGUGUCUGAGUGUGCGGAGAAGUGAAGAAAUCGGUAGGGGUGAACAUCAGAGUAGAACAUUGCACCACUAAAGAGCUGCCCAUUUCAUUAAAUAUGACUUUUAUAUGUUGCCUUUAUAAUUGAGCCUUAUUUGUGAGCUUAAUUAAUCACGAGAGUGAGGGGAUAACAGCACUGCCUUUAUUACAUGUGGCACUCUUAUGUGCUUUCAUUUAUAUUGGGCAAAGUUCAUCUAGAAAUGUGCGUCAUCACUGAUGUGCAACUGUAAGGUGCUACGCGCGUCCCAUUUUGAAGGGCUCAUUCACACCUAUCUGCUGUUAAUGCAUUUUUCAUUCGUUAAUGCCUAAAGAGGCGCAUUUCAAAUAGGAUGAAUGGUUUCUUUUGGGCUCGUGCCCACCACUGUGUUCUAAAUUUAAAUUUUGUGUUUAUACAUGCACUAAUGUGCACAGGAAUUGUGAUAUAUUGCAUUGGCUAUAUGGCAGUAAAAAUGUUUUAUUAAAUACAGGUAUGUCAAAGGCGUUUUAAUAUUCAUGUGUUUUUAUCUGUUUUUCUAGUCCAUAUGUGUGAACGAGCCCAAACAGUAGAGAACUGAACUAGACACCUAUUUCAUACUUUUCAAGGAAUAACCUUGCAUUGCUCAACACCUCUCAUCACCUAAUGCAAAUGUCUACUACUUCGCAAACACAGCCAUCUUGCUUGGCAAACCCAUGCACUUUGGCGGAAAUCUAAGCGCACUUGAGUAAUUGAGGCACGCGCCACCACCAUAGAAGGCUUUUUAAGGCCCAGUGGUGGCAAACUUUUUGUGGGCUAAACCAGUUUCCAUCUUACCAAUUGACUAGCGAUUCUACCCAUAACAGAAGCAUGCCUCAUGCCUGUAUUAUGUAAUUUCCUAGUAAAAUGAUAUGAUGAAUGCUCUUGUUCAGACAACAAAAUUUCUGCUCCCACUGUGAGUACCCAUCAGGUAUUCUCUAAGCAGUCAUUUCUGGCUUUGUUGGAAUGUAAAUGGCAGCACAAUUACUUUGUGUUUGUUACUUAGUCAUCUAACUUCUUUUUUUCUUUUCUAGUUCUGCUAUAAUGCAUUGACCAGUGCACAGGUAAAAAAAGGAUUUAAAAACUUUAAAUAGCCAAAUAAUUACAAACAACAUAAACACUCCACAUGACAUUGGUUUAAUCCACUGUGUUUUAGAUGAUAUUUUUUACCAGAAGUAUUACAUUUAUAUAUUUAGAGAGACAGAGGUCUUCCCCGUUAAUUUAUGUGUACAUAUCAUAAAUCUGGCUUUCUAUAGCAAGAGUGACAUUUUACGUGUGUGUUUUGGUAAUGUUUGGGAGGACAAGUUUACAUCUUUUUCCCAGUCCCUCCUCCCAUUUCAUGUAACAGCGCGGAUCACAAGGCAAAGAUUGUGUGUUACAUUCUCUUGCUUCUGUGUGAAAAUAAAAUGUACACAUUUAAAAACU